ACAUUGGCGUAGACCAGCUGGUUGGCAUCAAAGUAAGGACCAGCCCAUCUUAUUAUCUAUCUGACAAAUGGAUGCUUUCUUCGGUCAGGUGCGUUUGUUUCUGCGUAGACUUGACCAGUGGCUGACAACUGCUGAUGAACCAGAGGCAAUGGUGCAAGGGGAUGCUGAUGAUCUUCUUCUCCUUGGUGAAACCAUUCAUCAUCAUCUUGUUGGAAUGGUGGAAGGCGGAGAGAAUGGACUGACUCCAUUAGGCCGAUAUAUUGGAAGCCUCGUAGAAGCGUUUUCCGCGAUAACCAGUUCGUUUGGACACACAGUGGAUAUGCGAGCGUUCACAGCUGGUGCCAUUGCAACAGGGAGCAGGGGUAGACCACGACUGGACAUCGGGCAGGAACAGCUGAUAUUUCUAGUUGAUCAUGGCUUUUCUGUUUCAUCGAUAGCUGAGCUACUUGGAGUGUGCAGGAGUACUGUCAACAGGCGAAUGCGUGAAUGGGAUCUAUCGGUAGCUCGAAGGUACGCAGAUAUAAACGAUGCUGAGCUGGACAGAACCGUGCUAGAGAUCAAACGGGGAUUUCCGGACGCUGGAUACAGUAUGAUGGAUGGACUGCUGCGAUCAAGAGGUAUUAUCAUCCAGCGACAUAGGAUACGCCUGUCGGUAGCUAGAGUUGACCCGAUUGGAGUUGCUGAACGAUGGGCUACUUCAAUUCCUAGGAGAGUUUACCGUGUCAGUGGACCUAAUGCGUUGUGGCAUGUAGACGGAAACCACAAGCUGAUACGAUGGCAUUUUGUCAUCCAUGGUGGAGUAGACGGAUAUAGUCGAAUACCCGUGUUUUGUAAAUGCUCUACUAACAACCGUGCGACAACAGUGUUGGAGUCAUUUCUAGAAGCUGUUCGACAGUUUGGGUUGCCAUCAAGGGUAAGGUCAGACAAAGGAAUGGAAAAUGUAGAAAUAUCAAGGUUUAUGUUAGAACACAGAGGACCAGGACGAGGCAGUAUGAUAACAGGACGGAGCGUGCAUAACCAACGGAUUGAGCGUUUCUGGAGAGACCUUUUCCAAGGAUGUACCUUUCUUUUCUACUUUCUGUUCCGGAACUUAGAAGUGUUUUCUCCUUGAUGUAACAAAUGGCAAAGAUUUAUUUUGCUUACAGUACGUGUACCUGCCCAGAAUAAACCAAGCUAUUAAACAAUUUUGUGACGGCUACAAAAAUCAUCGACUUCGGACUGCUAGAAACAGUACACCUAUUCAGCUAUGGAUAACAGGAAUGCUGCAGGGGGCAGAACUUCGAAAUAUGGAAGACCUGGACAUUGGUGCAAUUGAUGGUUAUGGCAUUGAUGGCCAUGGACCCAUUCCAUUGAAUGGUCUAGAUGAUUGUGAUGUUGUUCAAGUACCGCAGAUAGAAGACGCCCUCUCUUCUUUGCAAUUCCAGGAUCUGGUCAUGCUGAUAGACCCAAUGGCUGAUUCUGACUGUCAGGGAGUAGAUAUUUAUGUUAGAGCCCGUGAAUUUGUCUAUGCUGCAAAUGCAUGAAUAUAUAGGUCAUGUGUAACAUGGAGUUGUCAGUCAGUGGAUGGUCUGGUCAUUUAUUUUUCAAUAUUUAAUUUUUUAUUUGCAUUCUUAUUUAAAAUUUGGUAUAUCUUAAAUAUUAACUUUUAAUUUUUAAUUUUUUUAUUCUCCUUUUAUUAUUUAUAGAAUGGUUUUUAUCUGAUGACGUUUGAUUCUUGUGAUCUUUAGAUUUAUUUUUAAAGUUUGAUUUCUAGGCACUUGAAAUGACUGAAGUUUCUAGGCUCAAAACUAGAAACUUGAACGCGCAGUUCGCUUAUGCUGUUUCUAGAAAUGAAAUGACUGAAGACACUAGACACAACGGGUGUUCCAGCGGGGCUUCCAUUCGAACGCGUGUCUCAGGAGAUCACAUUUCCAACACACAAGCAGGUGUUUGUUUUUACUUUACUUUCGUCACGUGCCAAACCACGCUGGCAGCUCUUGGCGGCGGACAACUCCGCUCACUCGUCGGACACGGAACUACUAAUCGUGUUUCUAUCCAAGGUGCCGGUGCCUCCUUGUCACGCAGCUUGACUGCAGAUGUGAACGUACGCUACGAUAAUGACAGCCCAGGGAUCGCCGAGUGACACGGUAGAACUCGAUCUACAAACAUUGUCUAGCACUAUUGACUCUCGUAGCUAUACGUAGCAUUGACAUAGUAGUCUACUUAGUGACUAGUUGUAGCUGACUAGCUAUGACCAUGUUCUUUCAGUUGUAGCCGCACACUGUUCUACGUUAGCUACUAGUAGUUGAGUUAGUUAAUUGAGUUGAGUUGAGCAAAUAGAGUUCAGUUGAGUUGACUUCA